AUGACUUUCAAGUUGCCGGAUGGCCUCACUUGCUCGCUCUGUACUAUGCAGUGGAACUGGAUAACUGGCAACUCUUGUUUGGUGGAUGGGUAUAAGGAGUACUUCGUCAAGUUCAAAGAGGAGUACCCUAACAUGGACAGCUCGUGGGAUCAGUCUAACUCGCCCAAGGACAGUUGUGAACUCGCCAGGGAUGGCGAGCAGUUCUGGAACUGUGCCGAUAUUAAGAUCCAAUAG